AUGACUGUCAAAAAUAUCAGUCAAAUAGAAACUGAGUUUAUAUAUAAAAACAAACUUAAUUAUGAUUUGCGUUCAAAUUUAGUCAAACUUCAUGUGGGAACUAUUGAAUGGUCUGAUACCGAUUCAAAAGUAACAUUUUACACUGGAUUGCCAAAUUUGAAAAUUUUAUGUUGUUUAUUUAACUUCUUAAAGCCUCUUAUAACUGAAAAUGAGAACUCAGUUUUAUCGUAUUUUGAAGAAUUUUCUUUGACGCUUAUGAGAUUGCGUUUAAAUCUAUUUAAUAGAGACCUUGCUUAUAGAUUUGAAACUUCAAAAUUGACCUCAUCAAAAGUAUUUUUAAGAUGGAUUGACAUUAUGUACUUCAGAAUGAAACAUUUAAUUAAAUGGCCUGCUCGCAAUGAGCUUAUAGAAACUAUGCCUUUAUGCUUCAGAAAAUAUUUUGAAACAAAAGUGGCUGUAAUAAUUGAUUGCUUUGAAAUAUUCAUAAAUAAACCACCUAAUCUAUGCGCAAGAGCAGCAACUUGGUCACAGUACAAACAUCACAAUACUGUUAAAUUCUUAAUAGGUGUAAGCCCACAAGGUGUGAUAACAUUUAUUUCUAAAGCUUGGGGAGGACGUGUUAGCAAUAAAUAUAUAACAGAGCAUUGUACAACUUUAAAAAACAUUCUUCCUGGAGAUGUUAUUUUAGCUGAUAGAGGUUUUAACAUUGCUGAGAGUGUUGGUUUUUAUUGUGGGGAGCUAAAGAUUCCAGGAUUUACAAAAGGAAAGUUACAAUUGACUUGUUCAGAUGUAGAAACAACCCAGAAAAUUGCCUCUGUUCGAGUACACGUUGAGAGAGUUAUUGGAUUGUUACGUAACAAAUAUAAAGUUCUGCAAAGUAUUAUGCCAUUAGAUUACUUAUAUACUAAAGAUUCUGGAUUAUGCAAAAUAGACAAAAUUGUUAUUGUUUGUUCUUCUUUGAUAAAUAUAUGUGAUUCAAUUAUUCCUGUGGAAUAA